AUAUGUAGCUUUUUAGGGUUCUAGACAGAGGGAAAAGGGACACAGACCAAUGGAUGGUGGUUCUCCGAGAGAGCUAACGCCAGAGGCUAUGCCAAUUUUCAGGGAGGGCGUGUAUCUGGUCCUCUCUCGCUGGUCGGCGCUCCAAAUGGCAGUCGAGAAUGAGUGGGGCGGCCGGGACUCGCACCGAAAGGCCGACCAACUCGCUUCCGAUAUUAUCUCCUGGUUCACUCAGUCCAGAGAGCCGCUUUAUAUAGAUGAUUUAGAAAAUAUGCUCGAUGAAGCUCUACUAUCUCUCAAUACCGAGGCUGAGGAUGGCAGUAUUGAGGAAAUAGCCUAUAAACUGAUGACUAUGCAUGAAGAAUGUUUGGAAGGGAAUUUUCAGUCUAUUGAAGGCCUAAGGGAAGCCAGUCGUCAGGAAGUUGCUGUUAAUCAUGUCAGACAGGUUGUGAAUGAUGACGAUGACGACAGCGACAGCGACAAUGAUGUUGUUGGAAAUGAGAAUUCAUCAAAUAUGAUACUGGAUGCACCAGAUUCAAGUUCGAAUUUGAAUCUGGUAGAGAUGCCAGUCGAUGACUCUGGACCCAAGGUGGCUUCUGAAACAGAUGGAUGGGUCCAAGUUUCACGGAGACGAAAUAGGGGAAAAUGAAACAAUGUGAUUGCAUGGUGGACCAUAACAAGUGCUUUGCGCGAGCUUUUAUGAACCUAUGGAGCAUAGAGAUCAAUCUCCUACAACCAGUGUCAGUCAUAUAUGAUGUUUGGACUGCACGUUUUAAAAAAGGUUCCAUAUUUCUAUGAUCUAUAUAUGUAGAGCAUUUUUUAGAGUAAUAGAGUUAUGAUCUUCGUUAUAUGUAGUAAAUAUAGUAGUAGUCAUUAUGGGAUUUAGAAUCCAUGGCUACUUUAAUUCUCUUAAAUAUUCGAAGACUUUCAGUUAGUUGGCCACCGUUGCACAAACUCCAGCUUUCUUAGAUCCCUUUUGCAGCGUGGGUGCACCUUGCAAGUAGUCAACAAGAGAAUUAAUUCAACUACUUUUAUAACUUUGGCCGUUUCAGUAGGGGGUUGUGUUAGUCAAGUGUUCUACUAAUGUGGGACUGGGUAUUAUAUGUUUGUGGUACGGUGCAUGCUGUUGUGGUGUUGGUGAGUGCACUGCUUGUAAACAACAUGAAUGCAUUAUGUUACUCAAA